CUUGAACAUGGCUACGGAAGCCGCAUCGCAGCCUACUCAAGGUGUCACAGGCGAUCGCUCAAGAUGGAAGCACUUGGACACGAUCCUCUCUCGCAAGGGAGCCUUCACAGACGAGGACUUUGUGCCCGGCGAACGUGUCGUCCAGUGCCUUGAACAAGCAAGGAUCCUNNCGGAGCUGGCGGUCUCGGAUGUGAGAUUCUCAAGAAUCUUGCCCUCUCUGGUUUCAAGAACAUCGAUGUUAUUGAUAUGGGCCGACGUUGGAUCAUACAAGGCCGAGGUGGCUGCACGCUUCGUAGAAAGUCGUGUCAAAGGAGUCAAGAUCAACCCAUACUGCGGCAAGAUUCAGGACAAGGACGAGGACUACUACCUCCAGUUCAACAUCAUCGUCUGUGGUCUGGACAGCAUUGAAGCAAGAAGAUGGAUCAACGCGACUCUGGUCGGCAUGGUGGAUGAGGACAACGUCGACAGCCUUAAGCCUCUGAUUGAUGGCGGCACUGAAGGAUUCAGAGGACAGUCCAGGGUCAUUCUGCCCACUGUCACAAGCUGUAUCGAGUGCCAGCUGGAUAUGCAUGCUCCUCGCGCUGCGGUUCCUCUGUGCACCCUUGCUACGAUUCCUCGCCAGCCUCAGCACUGUAUCGAGUGGGCCCAUCUCAUCGCUUGGGAAGAAGAGCGCAAGGACAUCACACUUGAUACGGAUGACACAGAGCACAUCUCCUGGCUGUUCGCAAAGGCCCUGAAGCGUGCGCAGGAGUUCAACAUCCCAGGUGUCACCUACUCGAUGACUCAAGGUGUGGUCAAGAACAUUAUUCCUGCAAUCGCUUCGACCAACGCCAUUGUCGCCGCCUCUUGCUGUAACGAGGCCUUCAAGAUUGCAACCGGCACCAACCCAUUCCUGGGCAAUCCCGGCGCAAACAACUACAUGAUGUACAGCGGUGACGACAGCAUCUACACAUACACGUUCGAGCACGAGAAGAAGGACGACUGCCCUGUGUGCGGCAAUCUAGCCAAGGAGAUCUCGGUUAAGAGAGAGUGGACUUUGCAGGACUUUGUCGAACACCUGGCCGAGAGACCCGAGGCACAGCUCAAGAAGCCAUCGAUCCGGACUGAGGAGAAGUCGCUCUACUACUCGGCACCUCCCAGUCUCGAGGAGCAGACUCGUCCCAACUUGAAGCGCAAGCUGGACGAACUCUUGGCUGAUGGACAAGAAGUCGGCGUUAGUGACCCUGCCUUCACCAUCGACUUCAAGUUCAAGGUCCGGUUCACC